CAGCAGUCAUGCUUUCGUUUUGAGAUGAGAAUAAAACCGGAGCGUCUGGGACUCAUUCAUACCUCCUUCUUUCUCUCCAGACUACAGCAACUCGGCAGGUUUCUGUUUCCUGAGAUUCAGUUAAAGCACCAUGGCUCAGGACUGUUUCAUCUUUUGCUCUUUAUCUGUUGUGAUAGUACUGUCCCUCAUCUUGAGUGUUGGCGGAUAUAAAGACGAUCCCAUUACAAAAUGUUUUCAAGACGAUGACUAUGACGAACUUCUUCAGAUAGUCAAAGAAGGGCUUCCUCCAUCAAAGACCCCUCGCCGUGUGGCUAUCAUUGGUGGGGGCAUUGCUGGACUUACUGCAGCUAAGUUCCUUGAGGAUGCUGGACAUAAGGUUACAAUCAUAGAAGCAAGUGGAAAACUGGGUGGAAGAAUUCAGACAUUCAGACAAGAUAAUUGGUAUGCGGAAUUCGGUGCCAUGAGGAUCCCAAACUUUCACUGGAUUCUCACUAAUUUCACAUCAAAGCUGGGCUUGAAACUGAACAAAUUUUCCGAAGAAGACAUAAACACGUACUAUUACAUCAACGGCGUCCGUCAAAAAACCUUCGCAGUGAAGCACAAUCCUAAUAUCCUAAACUACCCCUUAAGAGAAGAAGAGAAAGGAAAAUCAGCCAGUAAACUGUUCAGCGAUUCAUUGGAGAAGAUAAGAGACUAUGUGAGGUCUUAUGGCUGCGAAGCCAUGAUAAGGAAGUACGAUGCCUACUCACUUAAGGACUAUUUAAAGAACGAAGUGAACAUGAGCGACGGAGCUUUGCGCAUGAUCGGAGACAUCCUGAACGAGAACAGCUUCUAUUACAUCGCUCUCAUGGAGAGUCUCUACUUGCAGUCUGAUGUGAACGAUGACACGUCGUAUUUUGAGAUCUCGGGUGGCUUUGAUAAGCUACCCAAUAACUUUUAUGAAAUCCUCAACGCCACAAUCCUCCCCAACAAAAAAGUCAGGGGCAUCAGUCAGACCGACCGUAACGUGACGGUGUUUUAUGAAGAGCGGCACAACAUCGUGACCCGUCAAACGUUCGACUACGCCUUGGUGACAGCUACGGCCAAAGCCACACUGUUCAUCAAGUUCCAGCCUCCCCUUUCUCCUUGGAAGUUAGAGGCUCUGCGGUCAGUGCACUACUCUAGCUCCACCAAAGUUGUGCUGAGCUUCAAACGCAGGUUCUGGGAGGAGGAAAGCAUUUGGGGUGGCAGGAGCAUUACGGAUUUGCCCUCUCGGUUCAUCUACUACCCCAGCCAUAGCUUUCCUGGGAAUGGAGGAGCCCUCCUGGCUUCGUACACCAUCUCAGAUGAAUCCACCCUCUUCCAAGGAAUGUCUGACGAUGAACUGAAGUCAGUGGUGUUAGACGACUUGAUGAAGAUCCACGGAGAUUACAUUCAGGACCUCUACACUGGAGGCAUUGUUAAGAAAUGGGGGUUGGAUCCAUACAGCCUUGGAGCCUUUGCUAUUUUCACGCCCUACCAGCAAACUCAGUAUGCUGACGCUCUGGCCAUGAAUGAGAGUAGGAUUUAUUUUGCUGGGGAACAUACAGCAAUGCCUCAUGGCUGGAUUGAGACUUCUAUGAAAUCUGCUCUUAGAGCAGCUAGAGACAUAAAUAAUUGUAAAUAGUAGGAAAUAAUAAUUGAACAAAUGAGCAGUUGAAGGGCGUUGAAGGGCGAGGAGCAGCAGGAAUGAGAGGGAAUAUCUGUAUAUAUUUAAUGUAUAUAUUUUUUUAUAUGUAUAAAUAGAAAAAAAUGUGGUGAAAGUGUAGACUUAUACACUUUUAUUUAAAAAAAAACUAAUCAACAUAUACAUCCAGAAUGACUCCAAUUUGUGCAGGUGCUGCUGAAUCCUUGUUUUCUUGCUUCCUUCUUUUUUUAAUUAUUAUUAUUUUUUAAUCAGUAUGCCAUUAAAUAAGCAUUCAGUGUGAAUUCCCUAUAUCUACAAGCAAUAGCACUUUAUAAAAUUAGUCAGGGAUUUAAAGUUAAGCAGAAAUAAAAAACAGGCUCAAAAUGAAAGGAAAUUCAGCCAACAGCUACUGAUAAUUAAACAGUUUACUAACAGGAUUGUAGUGUAUUUUUUAAAACUAUAUAUAUUUAAUAAACUAAUUUAUCUCAUUGUGUGCAAUUCAAUCUUAAAAAUACACGAUGCUCGAACUUUUUACCUCACGUCAUUCAUUAUCAUGCCACUAAAGCGAUCAAGCAAUCUACAUACAGCGUGAUAUUAAAUCUACAACUGGACAGAAAGAAUUUAACCAAAUGGAAGACAUUUACAAAAUGUAACCAUGAGGUAAAAUCCAUCACAACAAACCUUGAUAUCUGAAAGUGUGUGACUAUUUUAUAUCUGUGAACUUUACAAGAUAGAAAGAAAGAAAGAAAGAAAGAAAGAAAGAA